GUCACACACGAAAGCUCACUCAAUCCCAUCUUUUUAAAUCAUUUCCCCCCUCCCUUUAUUAUUGUACUUGUACUAUUCUUUCUUAAAUGCCUUAACUCAACUCCUCUGAACAACUCACCUCGAUCUUGGUUAUAAUCUUGUAUAACCAUCACUCAGACUACUCCUACUUGCAAGCCAAAACCUACCAUUUAUUCAACUGCACCAUCACUAAUUCCCCUGCAUUCUUGAAUCUUGAUAGAUUCAUUUGAUCACCCUCUUUCUCACCCUCAUUUCUUCUUCUUUAUCUUGGUUACUACUAGUUUAUAUCUCUCUCAUUUCUUAGUGUGUGGUGAAGAGAACAAUGGGGAACUGUCAGGCGGCAGAAGCGGCUGCGGUGGUGAUUCAGCACCCGAACAACAAGGUGCAGAGGAUUUACUCCUCUGUUUCUGCUCAUCAGGUCAUGUCUUCGAAUCCUGGCCAUUAUGUCGCCUUGGUUAUGAGUUCAUCCACCGUGUUCACGGAGAAUGGCACGCCUGUAAAGCAGCUCAAGAUUCUCCGUCCACACGAUACAUUGCUAAUCGGAAAAGUUUAUCGCCUCGUAAGCUUCCAAGAUGUAUUUAAAGAGCUGGCAUCGAAAAAGUGUGUUAAGCUGGAGAAGCUCUUGAAGGAAAGAGGAAUGGAGCUCUUGAGAAAAGGCUUGCUGCCUCCCACUACCAGUAAUGACACUUCACUUAAGAAAGCUGAAGAGAAGCAAGGUGGGGGAACAGGAAGCAAGAGGAGAGUGAUAAAUGGAAGGAAUCAUCAGGGUAAUGGCACAGGACAGUGGAAGCCAGCCUUACAGAGCAUUGCAGAGCUUGGAGUUUCAAGCGCUUGAAACCAUGUCCUAUCAUUAUUAUUAUCUCACACUUUUAAGUUCUUACAUAACUGACUCAAUGUAAACACUCGUGUUCACUACUUCCUAUGCACUCUUCCUUGGGACCCUAAAUGUGUGAACAUGGAUCUUGGAAUCUACUGCCGGAAAAUAACUUCUUUACUGCAUGAAUGUAUGAGAAAAAGAGCAUCUCCGACAUCAAUAGUUGAUUUGCUUGCCCGUAUGAAUUGAUAUGCGUUUUUAUUAUUCCA